AUGACUACGACGAUAGGUUCCCCACAGAUGCUGGCUAAUGAGGAGAGACUUUCUAACGAGAUGCACGGGCUGAAGAACCGCUCCGAGCAGAAUGGACAAGACCAACAGGUUCCCGUCAGGAACACUCAACUACAUAGUCCCUCAGCGACCGUUCCAGAGAUGACAGCUACGCAAAAAGAGUCCUUGGAAGUGGUACCGACGAACUCAAGGGCAACGGCUACAACAAGUACGUCUCAGCCAACAUUGCCACAUGUUGAGAUUAACCAGGUCAGUCUGGCGUUGGUAAUAAGGAACUUGACGGUAUAUACCAUGAAGGAGCUCGCUCAAUACAUGAAGACUAACGUGCACACUCAGAUGAACGAGCCCAACUCCGCAAAGAAAAUACGCUUUUUACAACUGAUCAUAUUCUUAAGGACACAAUUUUUGAAGCUUUACGUGCUUGUUAAAUGGACCCGCACUAUAAAACAAAACAAUUUUCAUGUACUAAUUGACCUGUUGAACUGGUUUAGAUUGACCAACAUGAACGUCAACAGUUGUAUCUGGGCUUUGAAAAGUAGUCUCAAUUCCAUGACCAAUGCUAAGUUGCCCAAUGUGGAUUUGGUCACCGCUUUGGAGGUCUUGAGUCUUGGAAGACCUAAUUUACCUACGCACAACUUCAAGUUAAGCGGUGGCAGUGACUCCAUGGAUAUGAUGGAUGGUAUGGCUAGGGUCCCCCUAGGAUUGAUUCUACAGAGAUUAAAAGAUUUGAAUUUGACUGUUUCGAUUAAAAUUGCAUUGAUGAGCAUUCCUAAACCGUUGAACAGCUAUCAUAUUAAAAACGGUAGAAUCUACUUUGUUGUCACCAAUGAGUUCGAGAUCCAGUUAUCCACUGUUAAUAGACAGUCCCCUCUCUUUUUCGUGGACUUGAAAUUGUUGUUCAACACAGAGGCUGAGCAAAGCGUUUCAACGGCAACGGAGGCUAAUUCCCCCUGCGGUAACAGCGGCAGCAACGAUGAGCGCUCUGUUUCCAACGGCAACAGCUUACCUUUAAAUAAACCAAGACUGGAGAAACUGAUCAAUGAAAUUCUUUUGAAAAGUAAUGAUCCAUUGUCAUCCCUAUACAACUUCUUGCAUAAAUACGUGUUGACAUUACAGUUAUACAUGGUUCAUCGAGAAUUUUUAAAACUGGCGAGUGGCGGCAAAUUUUCCAAAAGUAAUUUGAUUCAUAACUAUGACUCUAAAAAAAGUAUAAUCACAGUCAGAUAUUGGCUCAACGGUAAGAUGGACAGUAAAGGUAAAAUUACCAUUGGUAUCCAGAAAACGACGGAAAGUCUCAUUUUGAAAUGGGACAAUCGGAGUGCAUUGAGGGCUAAAAACAUGCCUGUAAUUUAUAAUAAUAUUGUAUCAAAUAUCGAAGGGAUUUUAGACGAGAUCAUGUUCAAUCAUGCAAGGAUUAUUAGAUCAGAGCUUCUGGCAAGAGGUAUAUUUCAAGAAGACGAAGAAAAUCCCGAUGUUUUGUUAUUUCAACUUCCCACAACAUGCGUUUCCAUGGCACCUAUUCAAUUAAAGAUUGAUUUAUUGAGUGGUCAGUUUUACUUCCGAAAUCCAACUCCACUAUUAUUGAGUUACGCAUCUAAGAUUAAUAGGGCCGAGAGCCCAGAGGAGUUGGCAAGAAUAUUACAACAACUGAAGUUAGACAAGAUUACCCACGUGUUAACUACUAUGUUUGAAAACACAGGAUGGUCAUGUAGCAAAAUCAUUAAGAUCAAUAAACCAAUUGGGACUCAAGUGAAAAUCAACAGUGACAAAAUUGUGAAGAAGGAGAGUAAUGACGAUGUUGUGGAUAACAACAAUAGUAAUGGCGAUUUUUCCCUAUUAUUACAAAGGGACCUAUUUAUUAGACUACCACACUGGCCUCUUAACUGGUAUUUGAUUCUGUCGAUAACAUCCUCUAAAACAUCAUGUAUAGUGGAAAAAAGAAUUGGUAAAAUAGUCUCACAGCGUGGGAAAUGGAAUUUGAAUUAUUUGGACAAUUCUAAUGUAAUAACUGUCAAGUUGGAGUCAAUAACAUAUCAAAAAAUAAUGAUAUUGCAAAAAUCUAUUUUGAAUAGAAUCAUAAACCAUAUGCUGAUCGAUUCUUUGAACCAAUUAAAGAUCCAUAAUAAGAUUUAUUCCUCUGAAAUGAUUAAUGAACAAAAACUACCUCAGUAUAUCAUUCAAGGAGGUAACACUAAUGAUAAUAUAUCAAUCAUAACUUUAGAAUUAGAAUCAUUUUUGGAAGGUUCCAAGGCAUUGAACUCCAUACUGGAAAGUUCCAUGUUUUUAAGGAUAGACUAUUCUAACUCUCAAAUACGAUUAUAUGCCAAAUUCAAAAGAAAUACAAUGAUGAUUCAGUGCCAAAUCGAUAAAUUAUACAUUCAUUUUGUGCAACAAGAGCCUUUAGCCUUUUAUCUGGAGGAGAAUUUCACAAACCUAGGUAUAAUAGUGCAAUAUCUAACCAAAUUCAGGCAAAAAUUGAUGCAAUUAGUUGUAUUGACAGAUGUUGUGGAAAGAUUGCACAAGAAUUUUGAGUCCGAAAACUUUAAAAUAAUCGCAUUACAGCCCAACGAAAUUUCCUUCAAGUAUCUUUCCAACAAUGACGAAGAUGAUAAGGACUGUACAAUAAAAAUACUUACAAACGACGAUUCUAUCAAAAGUUUGACUGUUCAACUGUCACCUUCGAAUCCACAACAUAUAAUUCAACCUUUCUUAGACAAUUCGAAGAUGGAUUAUCAUUUUAUCUUUAGCUACCUACAAUUCACGUCAUCCUUGUUCAAAUCUCUGAAAGUGAUUCUCAAUGAAAGGGGAGGUAAAUACCAUCCCGGUGGAAGUCAGUACUCUACAUUGGUGAACAUUGGACUGCAUAAUCUAAACGAGUAUCAAAUAGUUUAUUAUAACCCUCAGGCAGGUACUAAGAUCACAAUAUGCAUAGAAUUGAAAACCGUUUUGCAUAAUGGCCGUGACAAAAUUCAAUUCCACAUUCAUUUUGCAGACGUGGCACACAUCACCACGAAAUCCCCCGCUUAUCCAAUGAUGCAUCAAGUCAGAAAUCAGGUGUUUAUGCUGGAUACUAAGCGAUUAGGAUCCGCAGAAAGUGCCAAACCUGUCCUUGGAUCGCAUGCUAUUCGUUUGGGCAAUGGUGUUGCCUGUGAUCCCAGCGAGAUAGAGUCUAUCCUAAUGGAAAUCCAUAACAUCCUCAAAGUUGACUCGAAUUCCAGCUCAUCUUAG